CACAGCAGAUCACGAUCGCGAUCUUUGUUUCGUUAUCAAUGUCCCCAUGAACUUUUCGAAGUCUCGAAUUUUCAAUUUCAGGUACUCAUGUAUCCAUUUGGCUGACAGAUGAGAUGGCCCCAAUGAGGCUUUUGCUUCAAGCUAAACCAGGAUUGGUAAUUUGACAUGGGAAAUGAGAUGGGUAACAACAACACAUCAGUUCUGAAAGACGAAGACAACACUGCAGUGGAAACUUUGAAGACAUCUUUGGAAGAUGCUACUCAUGAAAAUGAUACAAACGAACUACAUCAAUUAGUACCUGUAGUUGAAGGGCAGGGUUUUCAUGAAAAUGUUGCCAACUUGGCUUCUGAUGAUGCAGAGAGAAUAGGAAAUCCUUGCGUCGAAAACCAGACAUCAAAUAUAGAAGAGAACCAAAAUACUGAAGUUCAUCCUCUUGGUGAAGCUCCAAGAGUUACAAUGGAAGCAAUUGAAGCAAGAGACACAGACAGUAAAUCAGAUAAUGAACUGAAUGAUCCAGCUCAUGAGAAGACGAUAGCGAAAAAUGUGGAGGAAUCUGACGGACAAGCUGAUGAGGAAGAUAGGAGAAUAUCGACAUCAGAUGAUCUAGAACCUAAAGAAAACGUUACAGGAGAAGCUUGCCAAACAUCUUUGCUAAAAAGUACUCAAGAAAAUGAUACAAAUGACAGAAAUCAAAUAGGAGUUGAAGUUGAAGGCAAUGAUUUUUAUGAAAACGUUGCAUACUUGGCUACUGAUGCAUUAAAGACGACAGAAGAUCCUUGCAUCAAAAACCAGAAAUCAAGUACACAAGAGCAAGAAGAUAGUGAAGUUCCUCCUCUUGGUGAAUUUCCACAAAUUACAAUGGAAUCGACUAAAGUAAGGGAAGAAGACAGUAAAGUGCAACCGGUUACUUUAUCAAGUGACGCAGGAUAUGAAGAGCCAACAGAGCAAACAAAGAUGGAAACAGAUACACAAGCAGGAACAGAUCAACACCAGCUUGAUAAGCAGGACUGUAUAAAGAUAGAGAAUGAAGAAGGUACUGUAUCUAAAUCACUUGAUCUGAAAGCUAAGGAGUCUGAGCAUAUUGAGUCACAUCAACUGGAGUUGGUUACAAUUCAUGCUGACCUAUCUGUAGAAGUUGGAAGUGGAUCUUUACUAGUGAGUAAGGACAGCCUGGGACCGACUUUUGCUUCUGAUUUGGAGGUUAAUGAUCAUGUCUUAGUGUCUAAGACGUUAAAAAAUAUUGAGGAAAGUGCUGACUCUAGUCCUGAUCCAGCUUUGGAAAGACAAGAAGAUGCCUUGCCACCAGAACCAACGGCCUGCGAUGAACAACUCAAGUUAUCAGAAGAGCAGUUUGAAACAAAAAAUGGACAAAAAGUCGAAAAUGGAUUCAGCUACAUAAAACCAACAGAAUCAUAUGAUCUUGUUGGCUUAGAAAAUAACUGCAAUGUGGAGCUUCCAACUGAGGUGUAUUCGAUUGAUAGGCCAAAAUUGGAACCAGAAGUUCUACUCAGUAACUCUCAUGUUAAAGUUCCUGAACCUAUGGAUACAUGCACAGUUCUUAGAGAAGAAAACAGACUUGCAGAAAAAGAAAUGGAAAAUGGAGAGGAGAAGAAUUAUACCAACCAAAUCCAACCUUGCCUACUGUCAGGGAUGGAUUCAGAACUUGAUUGUGACCAAUUAUAUGAAUCUUUAAUGGUUGAGCCUGCACAUGAGAAGUGCCAAAUGAUAAGAGUGAUCAGUCCUUCAAGCAACAAGGUUUCUGAAGCCGAGGAUCCAAAGGUUGUCGAGGAUGGUGGUCUAGUUCUAAUGCGUCUCAAUAACCAACAUGAGGCUUCUGAGGACCAAUGCUAUCAGGAAUCAGAAAGGAAACUGCAUGUGGUUCCUGAACUUGGAAUCAUUUCACCAGAGUUAGGCAUUCCACAUUUCAGCCUCAAGGAAGAAGAAUUAGUGGGUAAGAAGAAUGUACAAGAAAGAGAGGAUAACACACAACCUUCUGUUGCCAUUGAAAUGGAAGAAACAGAAAGAGCAGAACAGGAUUGCCUGCCUCCAGAAGAAAGUUCUUUUGAGAAUGUUCAAAGCAUCAAUAACUCAAUCACAGAAUCAAAGCAAGAGAAUUCCAGUGAGUUUUUUGCUGCUGAAAAUCCAGCCAUUGAUUUUACAAGCUGGAUAGCUGAAGCAUUGGUCUCCAUGAAUAAUUUAGAAGCUGAGAUGCUUGGUCAACAAGUUACACAACUUAAUGAAGCACAUCACGCCGAAGCAGAAGCAUUAGCAACAGAAUCUAAAACGUUUGCUGAAGUUGUAACAUCAUCAGUAUCUGUAAGUUCGAGUUCUGAAACACAUGAAACUGUGGGAAGGUCCAGCACAGUGAGCACUGAAUCUGAUCCUGAUAACUUGGCUCAUGCGGGGAUACAAAAGUCCCCGAGCUUUAGCCUUGAUCUCCAAAAUGAAGCAAGGACUGAAGAAUCAGAUGGCACUCCAUUGUUGUUUCAGGAUAAGGCUGAAUUAGAAAGCUCAGCAAGCCAAGGUGAGAAAGUGGAUACAUUGCAAAGAAGCGAAUCAGAGGAGUCAAACACUCCAUUUCUAAGAUUUCUGAAGGAAGAGGAAGAAAUCAAUAUUGUUAAACAAAACAUACGUGAGAACAAUUCUCCUGCUGAAAAUGCAACAAAGAAUCAAGGUGGUUCACUUCCAAAAAAAGCUACAACAACUUCAUCAAAACGCAAAGAGAAGCGCAGGCACCGUCCUUCUUUCUUCUCCAACUGCUUGUGUUGUGCCACUGUGAUCAGUUAAAAGUCUUCUUAAGAGCUUUGAUAUUUGCUUGGGUAUGGAGUUUUCUGGGAAUUGGAGUUCUGAUUUAUAUUUGCCUGGUUAUGAUAAUGGUAAGUAUAUAUGCUUAUCCAAGUUAUGAAAAUCCAUUAUGUGUUCUUUCAAUUAUUCCUUUUUUUUCAUUCAUUACUUCUUUGUCAAUGUCCACUGUCUUGAUGUAAUGCCA